AUGAUUGAGCGCGAGAUGAUUGAUAUGUUCACAAGCACUCUGUCUGGACAUUACUAUUUAGCUUGUAGUACGUCUGCAAGUUUUGCUGAAAUGGUUAGAUGUGGUGAACGUGUCGAGAUGGGCUUGAAAAUGGGAAAGAUACAGUUGGGUGGUGUCGCUAGUUCUACUGGUGGAAAGAAACCGUCAGAGGGUUAUACCAGAAAGAAAGAAGGAAACACGGAUGCGGUGUAUGGGCGAAGUGGCCAAGGAAGAGGCAAUUCUCAAGUCAAUGCUGUUACUAUUCCUGUGCCGCAACAACAACAAGAACAGGGGCAGCGCCCUCAAUAUCAGAAUAACCAGUAUCGGCAGAGAAGGGAUAGAAAGAUUGAUCCGAUUCCCAUGACAUAUGCUCAGGUGCUGCAACACUUGCUCAAGAUUGAGAAGAUCACUUUGAGAGAUGCUCCGAAUGCUCCGGAUCGUCAGUCUCCGAACUAUAAUGCGAAUGCGCGGUGUGCUUUCCACUCAGGUGCUGCUGGACAUGAUACAGAGAGGUGUAUUGCAUUGAAGAAUAAAGUCCAAGAUUUGUUGGAUCAAAAGGUUAUUCAAUUCACUCCGACACCUAACAUUGUCAAUAAUCCGAUGCCAACUCACGGAGGCUCGUGUGUGAAUGCCAUUGAGAGUGAAGAGAUAAAUGUGAUAUCUGAUGUGGGCUGUUUGACUUUUCCUCUUGUGUCUGUGAAGCAACAUCUGGUUAAUUGCGGUAUCUUCUCGGGUUGUGGUAUUGAUUGUAAGAAUUGCAAGAGUCAACCCGAGGGUUGUGCUGAUUUGAAAAGUAUGGUGCAAAAACUGAUUGAUGAGGGUCCUCUUCAAUUUUAUCGAAGGUUGAGAGGUGCGAAGAGUGAGAAUGGUGAAGUGUCUAUGAUUUCAAUUCCUUAUGAGCCGGUUGUUCCAAUCUGUAUCCAAGUGCCUAUUCAGAUACCUGUUAGUAUCCCAUAUGAGGAACAACCAGCGGCGUUGAUGAUUACCGUGCCAGGACCAGUUCCAUAUGAGAGUGAGAAGGCCGUUCCUUGGCAUUAUGGGUCUGAUGUGUACUACUAUGGCACCAAAAAGGAAGAGGGGCCACCUAGAGAAAAGUUUGUGGAGGCCGCAGUUGCAAACAAGGAUAAUUUCGCUGGUACUGGUAGAAUCACUCACAGUGGUAGGGUGUUCUCCCCUCAGCCAAUACAAAACAAUGCAGAUGCUUUGGCUAAGGCCAAAGGCAAACAAGUGGUGACUGAUGACCAGAAUCCUCCGACUCAGAAUGGGGCACCUGACAAUACUGUGUUUUCCAAGGAUGUGGAAGAAUUGCUGAGAAUCAUCAAGAAGUCUGAUUAA